AUGUCCUCCCAGCUCUUGCAGGCGGAGCUCUUGAACCUGAUACAAGAGUCCAAGAGAAAGAAUGCCGACCUGCGACACGCGGCCGAAGAAUCACUCAAUGAGCUGAAAAGCUUGCCAUCGACUUCUGAGUCACAGAUCUCGGCAGAUCUUGUACGGAAGCCGAAAUUUGUCGACCCGUUCAUCUUAGCCUGUCACGCUCGCCAUGCAAGGCUUUCGGGGAUCGGAGUCAUCUGCCUCCAAAGGCUAGUCGCGUCGCGAUCACUACCUUCCCAGAGACUGGAAGAUGUCCUCGGCGGACUGAAAGAAACGACUCACUUGAGCUUGGACAUCCAAUUGAAGAUCCUGCAAACACUCCCCGCGCUAUUGCAGCACUAUUCUGAUGAUCUUGGUGGUGAACUGCUUGUGAGCACACUCGAAAUAUGUGCCACUCUGCAAACAAGCAAGACCCUUGCGCUUUCUAGCACGGCUGCCGCCACGCUUCAGCAGCUAGUUGUUUCAACUUUCGAGCGAGUUCCCAACGAGGACAAAACCUGGGAUGAGUCCAAACCAACAGUAACAGUCAAGGUCGAAGGUAAUCCUAUUAAGAUAGGACACUUUGCACAUGAUGCCUUGCGAGUCUUGGACGAUCUCUGCCGCAUAGUUGAUGGCGAGCAGCUCCAUUUUCUGCGUAUCAAGGCUCUGUCUCCAACGUUCACUCUCGAACUCAUCGAGAGUGUUCUUAUCAACUCUGGCCGUUUAUUUAUUGGGCAUAUGGAGCUCGCGCAAGUUUUGAGACUCCGGCUUAUGCCGAUGAUCGUGAGGUUCUUAUCUGAACGACAUGACUUCGCUUUGACGGUCCGAGUUUGUCGGAUCCUUCUUGUGCUUCUCAAAAGGCACAUGUCCCUCCUCACUGCCGAGUGCGAGAUGGCAUUGGGCCUUCUCACGCAUUUACUUGAACCCGAUGGUACCUCGCCGUGGAAACGAAUUCUUUGCAUGGAGGUUUUCCGUGGGCUAUACGCAGAACCAGGGCUUGUGAGACUCAUUUUCUCACUUUAUGAUGGCAAGGAUGGAAGGAAAUGUAUCCUUAAGGAUCACAUGGCCGCACUUGUUCGUCUAUCGUCUGAAAAGCCCUCGUUGAUUGGUGUUAGUAGCCGUUCUACCGUGCCUUUGCGGACCGAUCAUUCCAGGUCCAUCACCGAAGAGCAAAUUACUCUUGAAGCAGGUGGACUUGCUGGAGUCAUUGGAACCAGUGUUCCAUCCACUGAUGCUAGUGUACCGGGUAUCAGUAGCCAAUGGAGUGUUGUUCGCACGCAGUAUCUGGAAUUGCUCGAUAAGACGGAGCCACCAUCCCCGCCGGAAACAUACAUUUACAGUCUUGUGUUGAAUUGUAUCAGCUCAUUUGCCGAAGGGCUUGCAAGAUUCAUACUUCCGUUGACGGUGCCUGACUUGAAGCAGAAGAGAAAGAAUCGGAUCACAGGUGCCGAUCAAAAUGCAGGACCCACUAGCCCCGUCAGUCCUUCCCACGAAGGUCAAAGGACGAAUUCAAUCAAGAAUGGCCAGAGGUCCGGAGCCAAGAAAACCCCCAUCCCCCUCAACCCGCUUCAAUUAGAGUCUCAUCCCCAACUUGGGGCAAUCAAGACUUGUGCGGGAAUCAUCGAAAACUGCUGGCCUGCUGUUUUGGCAGCGUGCUCAACCUUUCUCUACGCAUCGUUAGAUGAUGACUUUUAUCACAAUCUCGUCCGCUCUUUUCAGAAACUAGCCCAUGUGGCAGGUCUUCUGCGGUUGUCCACUCCCAGGGACGCUUUUUUGACAACACUUGGAAAAGUAACUGUACCAGCCGAGACUGGUGCUGCUAAAACGGGGUCUACCUCGAAAACUGGCUCCACAUCCCUUGCCAACCAAACAACUGAUGAAAAGCGGAAAAGUAUACCAGCACCCACCCUAGGGUCUCCCGUACCUGAGGCCUCUGGAACCGCUUUUGAUAAGACGCCUGUAUCUCUCAGCACCAGGAACCUUCUAUGCUUACGUGCCUUACUUAAUUUGGGAAUUGCUCUUGGCCCUACCUUGGACCAGCCGGCCUGGUCGAUAAUUUUGGGGACACUCCAGGACACAGACCUAUUAAUCGGUAUAGCGUCAACGAAAACAAAUCCCGCCCUCAACAGUACGGCUGAACCAUCAUCCGUCACAGGAAGUGAUGUUCCCAAAGCUAACAUUGGGAACGAGAUCAUUGCCGUGCAGGCAGCCUCAACUAAGCUUCUUGAAAGCACAAGUGACUACCCGGGCAGCUCGUUCCAGGAUCUCUUGGCUGCGUUGUUGAACCUUUCUGAAAUCACCGAGGAAUCCGAUCAACCGGCCACUCCUGACCUCAAUUCGAGUCCUGGCCGGUCGCCGCAUCAACGUCCCGGACUGAUGCGCCAGAACACCCGUCGUGUCUCUCUUGCACUGGGUAAAUCAAAAACCCAGGACGAAGAACUGCGGUUCGUCUUGGAAAAGUGCAAUGAAAUAGGCAGGUCCAACCUGGAGAGACUUUCAUCGCUAGAGGAAAGUGACUGCGCCGCCUGGGAACUUUUGACAGGAAGGCUCAUGUCGAGUGCGGCGGAUAGAGAAAUAAGUCAGAAUCUUCGCCUGCGCGCCAAUGAAGUUCUGAAUAGCCUCAUAUUUCAGACAAUGAAACAGACGGCCGAUGACAUUGAUCAAACACGAAAUUCCCGGCAAAAGAGGAACCUCGAGACACUCAAACAGCAAAUUCAAUUGCUCUAUGAUGCCAGUGCCUGUCGGCAGGGCUCUCCUACUGGGCCUAUCAUCGAAAUACAUAGUCAGAGUUUGGAGACGUUGAAAAGUAUCCUAGAACAAUAUGCGGAGACAUUUGUCGAUGGCUGGUCCAUCGUCUUUGAUCUCAUUUCGAGUGUCUUCGGGGAAUCUGGAACAGAAGGACGCCAAAGAGCGUCGGUCAGCAGUAAAGAUCGCAAAACUUUCCUGUUGGCAGAUUCGCACCAGCUCAUCCGCAUUUCAUACAAGUCUCUGCAACUAAUUGCGUCCGAUUUUAUUGCACUUUUGCCGUUGCCUUGUCGGCUGGACCUUGUGGAGUCGUUUUCGAAGUUUGCUAUACAGCAGCAAGAUUUCAAUAUCUCGCUAACUACGACGUCCUCUUUCUGGAAUGUAUCCGACUUUCUCCAGGGCCAAAUCGAGCGAUUUUCUAUCGAAUCCAGUGUCGACGCUUCGGUCAGCGAGGACAUGCUUGUGAUACUGGCUAAGAACGAAGAUCAUUCUAUCUCUCGAAAUGCCCUCUGGUUAUUACUCCUCCUACGGAUUGUGGACCUUGCUACGGAUAGCAGAUCGGAAAUUAGGAAUUGUGCGGUGCAUACCCUUCUUCGAAUCUUCGACGCCUACGGCCAACAAUUAUCUCCUAAGGCAUGGCGUUUAUGUCUCAACCGGGUUCUUUUUCAGAUGACAGAUGAACUCGAGACCGAGUUGAACUCUGCAAAAAGCACAGGGGCACAGGGUAGCCCAGACGAGCUAAUCUCCUGGGUGGAAACAGCCGUUGUCACGAUCAAAGGGUUCUCGGGUUUAUUGACAAACUUCUUCGAAGCGAUCACCAAGGAUGAGGAAUUCGACCAGUCCUGGAAACGCCUGCUAAACCACUGCCAGAACCUGACAGCGCUCAACUCUUUGGAGCUUAGCGAAGCCGUAUUUACCAGCCUGUCAAAUAUUCUUCUUCGGGUGCAGCCUCCCAAUGUCCUAAGCAAGCAGUCCCUGGAAGCGGCCUGGUUACUAUGGAUUAAAGGCCAUCCCGCCAUCCGAGAAGAUUUGUUGGACCUAGAGCGUCCGAACCAAGACGCCUCGAUAGCCUACUUAAAGACUUUCCAGCAAGUCUAUCGUUUGUAUCAGGACGAAAUGACAAAUUCUCACGUCGAGAAGAUCCUUCAGCACAUUCAGCUUCUGGCAUGGAACUCCAUCUUUCCACGGUAUUCGCCGGACAUCGACCGCCCGUCUAGCUUGCAAGCAUUGAUCGUCGACUGCAUCAAAACGAUUUGUGUGGACAAAGAGGAUUCCCAGGCGGAGAUUCUCACCUGUCUUGCAAAUUUUGCCGAUUCCGCCUUGUCGAGAUGGUCGCCGAACAGUGACUCAAGGGUGCCGACCUAUGUUGCAUUCUCAAAAAGCGUGAUCGACCUUCUGAGUUGGUACAUUGCCGAAUUUGGAAUUAAGAGGCAGGUCUUUGCCAAUGACUCCCUCUCAACUGCUCUGGAGCAUCUCGCAAACCCUGUCUCUCAGAAGUACGAAUGGCCCGGGAAAGACCGCGAGCCUUCCUUAUGGCGAAAGUCCACUACCGCAUCGCUCAGCAUCCUUGAGGUUGCAAUUCCUUACGUGGAGAAGCAGUACGAAGAAUCAAACCAUGCCCAAAUAUCUCGUUUCUGGGCAGUCGUCGUGGAUCUCACCAAUGGCAUAGUCUCUGCUCAAGGAUAUCGAACCGUGGCAAUUCCGCGAGCCAACAUACUCGCCGAUGAGACUUUCGACGUCGAUGCCUUCCAGAGAUUAAAGACGCUGGUCAUCCCAGCCCUUGGAGCAUCUAUCAUCCCGGAUGCCAUCCGGCGCGAUUUCGCCUGCGCCCUGCUGUCCUCAUCCUUCAUUUACCUCCCGCAGCGAUUCGACCUUCCGGCCCAGAACCUGGAGACCGAACCCCUGCAUGACCUCUACCAGGUGCGACCCGGAAGAACCUUCGAUCCCACACCGACCUCGCGCACCAAGAUGGCCUACGCCGUCAUGGACACCUUGUUCGAACUGGCCUCGGCUCUCGCGCCAGAACGGAACCCCAGCGAGCCGCACACUUCUGCACGCAUCCUCCUCGCCCGGUCCAUCUCGCCGUACCUCAUCCUCCGCACCGCCGUCUCCCUGAAGGGGUACAUUGCCGAUCAGCCUCUCCGGGGCCUCAUGCCCCAGCCCACACCCGCGCGCCGAGCCCUUUUGCACUUGCUUCUGGGCAUGGUAAAUCUGCGCAGCGAGCCCACGGCCAUCCCGCAGCCGCCGACGACGAGCCCCAGUCUCGCCGGACUCCCGGGCUCUGCGACGUCAGACGACCAGAGCCACAAGAUGCAUUUAGAAUGGAUUUAUCCUCUCGUAGUGCGGGCGGUGCAGGUGGCAGGCAAGGAAAAAGAUGACGGGGAGGUUCUUCAUGCUCUAGGGAAGGUUCUACAUGAGGUUGGGGGGUAUGCAUAG